AUGCCUUCUGUCGACGAGACAACGCCCCUCUGGGAACAGGGCGCAGUCCACACCACAAACCACCUCGGCGAACACCAACAGGAUGAGACCGACGACAACGAUAACCACACAACCCCACUACUCAGACACAACACUGUCGAGCUCGGCCCACCCGCCGAUCCUUACCGCCUCUCUUACUGGAUCAUGGCCAUCCAGGGUGCCUCCAUGCUCCUCCCUUGGAAUGUGUUCAUCACGGCACAGGGAUUCUUCAAGUUGAAAUUUGCAGGAUCGCCCUACGAGGACAACUUUCAGAACUACUUCUCCAUCGGCUUUAUGGGGACGAAUCUGUUGGUCGUUGGAAGUUCCAUUAUGAUUCAGAAGCAGGCACCAGGAACAACGCACAUCAUUGGAAGUCUACUGCUGAACGCGGCUGUUUUCUUGGCCAUUCUGGUCUCGAUCCAGACGGACCGCCAUAUCGACCCAACCAGCUACUUCUAUUUUACCAUGUCCAUGCUCUCUCUGUCAGCCAUUUCCACAUCCAUUGUACAGAACGGCAUGUUUGGUCUGGCCUCUAAGUUCACCGGACGGCACGUCCAAGGUGUCAUGAUGGGACAAGGAUUGGCAGGAGCAGGAGUCGCCAUCUCUCAGAUUGUGACACAGAUCCUCUCGCCACCCAAAGGAACCACCUUUGCUGACGAUACCUUUGAUAUACAGGGUGGUCAUGGAGGUGGAGGUCGCAAGAACAAGAGCGAAGGAUUGGAGCAUUCGGCAUUCUUGUUCUUCAUGUUUGCGCUGGGAUAUACCCUCCUUGCCGUUCUUGCACAGGCAUUGUUGAUCAGGCUGCCCAUUUACGAGUUCUACACUGAGGAACAGCCCCGUCAGCCCAUCCAGUUCCUGGCACCCACCUCGCCUCCAUCGUCAAACUCACAUGUACAGGGACAGGAUGAGGUCGAUCAUCGACGCAACUCGACGAGCUCGGCUGUGUCUGUGGCCACUGCCGUCACUAUUACACCAGCCAUGAUUGCAGAGACCAACCGCAGAUUGGCAGAGGAAGAGGCAGAGCAACGGCAGACGGAGAGAGCGAAUCAUUACAGGAGCACCAGUCUUGGAGCCACGGCCUUGGCGACGGAUGAUAGCGCCAUGCAGUUGAUGCUGGAUAUCUACCCCAAGAAGAAGAAGCACCCAUUGGUGGUGCUGUAUAUCUCGAUCUCGCUUGUCUUUGCGUUGACUCUGUCGCUCUUCCCUUCGUUGACGGCCUUGGUCGAGUCGACCAACACUGCACCGGACCGCGCUCGCGUCUUUGGAGACCUGUUUGUACCACUCCACUUUUUGACCUACAACCUUGGAGAUUGGGCUGGUAAGACUCUCCCAUCAUUUGCGUUGCUCUCACCCAACACCACACACCCGACCCGUCGUCAACAGAUGCGAUACCUGCUUGGCGCCUUUGGACGGUGUAUCUUCAUCCCCAUCUUUUUGACGGCCAACCUACCAAUCCCGGGAAAUGCCCGUCUGUUACCAUUGUUGAUCCAGCGGGACGAGAUUUGGUUUAUGCUUGUGUUCCUGUUUGCGCUGUCGAACGGGUACCUGGGCAGUUUGAUCAUGAUGGUCGGGCCGGCUUGUGUGUUGGGAGGCGAGAAUAAGGCCCGCGCGGGGGUCAAGUUGGGAUUCUGGUUGACUGCUGGGUUGGCGAUGGGAAGUGUUGCUUCAUUUGGAGUGAGGGAGCUUAUGUGUGUCCGUGGAGGGUGUUCUUCCUUGUAG